AUGGAGUCGCAAGAGCUGUUUGCUCCACACGGCCGGAGAAUUGACGGGGAGGAUAGAACCCGAAGCGGUGGAUGUGGAUGUGGACUUGAAGGAAUGGAGACGCAGAUGGAGACGGAGAUGGACAUAGGACAUGGAGAGGCGAAGGAGAGGGAAAGGGAUUACUGGGGUAUGCGCUUCGUUAGUGCAAAUGGAAAGGAGGGUUAUCUUAGUGUCGUAGCGGUAUAG